UCCCUCCUCAGAUCCCCCCUUCCUUCUGGCGUCCCUGCCCCUUCGGUGAAGAAGGCGGUUGGUUUCUGGCAGCAGAGGCCCCACUGGAGGGACCUGAGGGGUCUUGCUCCCCCGGAUGGAGGUAUGGACCUGUCGGCCAAUCAGGAUGAAGAGACUGACCAGGAGACUUUCCAACUGGAGAUCGACCGCGACACCAAAAAGUGCGCCUUCUGCACCCACACGGGCAAGUACUGGACGCUGACGGCCACCGGGGGUGUGCAGUCCACCGCCUCCGCCAAGAGUGCCAGCUGCUACUUUGACAUCGAGUGGCGCGAUCGGCGGAUCACACUGCGCGCGUCCAAUGGCAAGUUUGUGACGGCCAAGAAGAACGGGCAGCUGGCCGCCUCGGUGGAGACCGCAGGGGACACGGAGCUCUUCCUCAUGAAGCUGAUCAACCGCCCCAUCAUCGUGUUCCGCGGGGAGCACGGCUUCAUCGGCUGCCGCAAGGUCACGGGCACCCUGGACGCCAACCGCUCCAACUACGACGUCUUCCAGCUCGAGUUCAAUGACGGCGCCUACAACAUCAAAGACUCCACAGGCAAGUACUGGACGCUGGGCAGUGACUCCUUGGUCACCAGCAGCAGUGACACCCCUGUCGACUUCUUCUUUGAGUUCUGCGACUACAACAAGGUGGCCAUCAAGGUGGGCGGGCGCUACCUGAAGGGGGACCACGCGGGGGUCCUGAAGGCCUGUGCAGAGACCAUCGACCCUGCCACACUGUGGGAGUACUAGGCCCCGCCCCCCGCAUCCCUGUCCCCCCCUNCUCUCCAGGUGGCGCCGCCAGGGUGGCGAGCCCCUUGCCUUUCCUACGGUGUCCCCCCUGCUGCCCUGCGUGGCCUCUCCCAGGCGGUCAGCGCUGCGGCCUGGCCCUUAGCCGGACUGGGGACCCUCCGCCCUCUCUGCUGUGGGCGAGGCUGGCACCUCUUCUGACCUCAGACAACUCUGAGCCUUAUUUCCCCAAAGUGGCUGAGGAGCAGUGGGGGCUAGAGCCCUGGGUGUGGCGGGGUUUAACUGGAAUCUCCUGCCCCUCCCCCCAGCCGAGGUUCCCCCCAACUCCCCAGGGGCCGGGCCCUUGCCCCAAGCCCUUUGGUGGCCCCUCGGGAGGAGCGCCUGCAGGGCCGGGGGCUGAACCAGAGUGCCGUCACCUGUCCCCUCCGCACGGAGAGGACUGCCCUGCCCUGCACGUCCCCUGUGCUCCGGGGACCCUGCCCCUGUCUCUCACCCUGGCCAAACUGGAAGCAGAAAAUGACCAAAUCAGUAUUUUUUUUUUUUUAAUGAAAUGUCAUUGUUGGAGGUGGCGCAGGCAAGCCUCGGGCAGCAUCUCCAGGCCUUGGUGCCUCUGCUCGCUAGUGGUGGGGCAGGGAGGGCACCUCCCCAAACCCAGAACCUGCCUCCACCUCCCAGGGGUGCUCACUGGCCCUGCCCUCCUGCCCCCUUCCCUCCCCCCCAGCCAGAACCUCCAGCCAGCGUAUUGGUGCUCCUGUCUGACUGGAUUCUGGGUCUCAGGGUGGGACGAAGCCGGGUGUCCCCCUCAGCUGGGAGCCUGUGAGGAGACACCCAGCCCUGACCCUUGGCUCCCAGCCGCACCCCUGCCAGCCCCCCACCCCUGUCCGCCAUGCAUCUCACUCUGGGUGUCUUGGUCUUUUAUUUUUUGUAAGUGUCAUUUGUAUAACUAAAUGCCCAUGAUAAUAGCUUCAGACUGGAAAGAGCAAAUAAAAUAACACAAAACCAGCA